AAUAGGUUUUUCGGCCUGCCUCGCACCGAGGGGGAUGAGCAUCCCGGCCGGAAGCUCCUCCUUGUCCCGGGUGUGCGAGGGGUGGAGCGGGGCGGGGCAAGGUUAGGCGGCCGGGCCGGCCUGGGCGAAGAGGUUUGCGGCGCUGCUCUCGGGGAGCAGCAGCAUGGAGUGAGAGCGGGGAGAGAGAGAGAGAGAGAGAACGAGCCAAGCUUGGAGCUGGCCGGGCACAGCGGGAGGGAGAGCCCAGCCAGAGCCGAGAUGUCCGCAGAGAUGGCGCGCCGCGGGGUCGGGCUCUUGCUGCUGCCGCUGCUUCUCGUGGUUGGAGUUCAAGCAAAGAUAUCCUUCAAUAAGGAGCCGUAUUCCCAGGAUGCCUUACACGGCCGCAGUGCCAUCUUGCGCUGUGAAGUGGAAGAACCAAGCGACAUAGAGUUUGAGUGGCUACAGAACGGAGUUCCUGUUCAGGACACCGAACGCCGUUUCAAGGAAGGGAGUAACCUUCAGUUCACAUCUGUCGAUCGGCAGCAAGAUGGUGGGAACUUCCAGUGCGUGGCCAGGAAUGUAGUGACCGGAGAAGAAGCCCGGACAACAAAUGCAUCUUUCAAUAUAAAGUGGAUUGAAACAGGAGGAGUUGCAUUGAAGAACCCAGCCACGGUGGAGGAGAUCCAGAGUUCUGCCCCAGUGACAUUGCGUUGUCAUAUUGAUGGGCACCCACGCCCAGCGAGCCUGUGGUUGCGGGAUGGCACCCAGAUCGCAGAUGACCGCACCCUCUAUUCGGUUAACAGCAAGGAGCGGACCUUGACUCUCAAGAGUGCUAGCCCAGAUGACAAUGGCAUCUAUUCCUGUUGUGCUCGGAAUGCUGUGGCCCAUGUGUGCAGCAACAACAACUUCACACUCAGCAUUAUUGAUGAGAGCUUUCCCCGCCCGGUGAUUAUUCCCAAGAACCAAAUUGUCAAUAAGAACGAGGAGGCCAUGUUCCAUUGCAAGUUCGAAGCUGUGCCACCUCCCACUCAGGAAUGGUUGUAUGAAGAUGACUCUCCUGUUACCAAUCGGUCCAGGAGUGUGGUGUUCUCCAAUGGCUCUUUGCUGAUCACUCAUGUGAAACUGCGCACUGCGGGAGUCUACAAGUGUGUUGGGCAUGGGCAGAGGGGGAAACCAGUCGUCUUAGAGGCAACCUUGCAGCUGGCAGAAAUUGACGAUUUCACCUAUCCACUCACCCCAAAGGUUUUCAUAGCCAACAGAGAACAGCGUGUGACUUGUGAGGCCCCUCGAGGAGUACCUGAACCCCGUAUCUGGUGGGAGAGGAACAAUGUUCCGCUCUCCACCACUGGCAGGGUACGCCAAGAAGGUGAUCAGCUUGUCUUCACUAGUAUUCUGGAAAAGGAUGCAGGGCUGUACACCUGUCACGCAGCGAACAAGGCUGGAGAAAAAAAGCAAGACCUGACCAUCACAGUAGCCACAAUGCCAGAAUGGGUAGAAAAGCCCAAGGACAGUCAGCUGGAAGAGGGUAAACCGGGGUACCUCCACUGUCUCAGCAGAGCUUCUUUGAAACCCUCGAUCACCUGGUAUCGCAAUGGCAUCCCCAUUUCAGAGCAAGAUCCCCGCUUUGAAAUUGCUGAGAAUGGGACACUACGUAUUAACAAUGUGGAGGUCUACGAUGGGACACUGUUCAAAUGUGUGAGCAGUACACCAGCUGGCAGCCUGGAUCAACAGGCUCGUGUCCACGUUCUGGAGAAGCUGAAGUUUACGCCAACUCCUCUGCAUGCGCAAUGUGUUGAAUUUGAUAAAGAAGUCAAUGUGUCCUGCUCGGCCACAGGCCAGGAGAAACCGACAAUCCAGUGGAUUAAAACCGAUGGAAGCAGCCUGCCCACUUCAGUCCGUCACAAUGCCGGAAACCUGCACUUUGCUAGAGUGACCAGGAAUGAUGCUGGCAAUUAUACUUGCAUUGCUUCCAACAGCCCACAGGGAGAGAUCAGAGCUGUGGUGCAACUCACAGUGGCAGUUUUUAUAAGCUUUAAGCUGAAGCCGGAUGACACAACGGUUUACCCAGGGCACACUGCCAUGUUCCAGUGCCAAGCUGAAGGUGACCCAGUUCCGCAUAUCCAGUGGAAAGGGAAAGACAGGAUGUUGGAUCCCAGCAAACCCAUAUCCAGGAUGCAAAUUAUGCCCAAUGGCUCCCUGAUCAUAUAUGAUGUCACCACUGAGGACUCUGGCAAGUACACAUGCAUUGCCGGGAACAGUUGCAACAUCAAGCAUCACGAGGCCUCUCUCCAUGUUGUAGACAAACCAAUGACAGAACAGGGUGAUUCACCCAACAGCCACACUCCCUACAAGAUGAUCCAGACCAUUGGGCUAUCGGUUGGUGCUGCUGUGGCUUACAUCAUCAUUGUGCUGGGCCUCAUGUUUUACUGCAAGAAGAGGAGGAAAGCAAAGAGGCUGAAGAAGCAGCCAGAGGCGGAGGAACCUGAGAUGGAGUGCCUGAACGGAGGCACUUUGCUGCAAAACGGGCAGACCACUGCUGAGAUCCAAGAAGAAGCGUCUCUGAACAAUCUUGGCAGCAGCUCUGCCACCAGCAAGAGGCACAGCACUGGUGACAAGAUGCACUUCCCUCGCUCCAACCUGCAGACAAUCACUACCUUAGGGAAGGGUGAGUUUGGAGAAGUCUUUCUGGCCAAGGCAAAAGGCAUUGAGGACAAUGAAACGGAGGUGCUUGUUCUCAUCAAGAGUCUUCAGACAAGGGACGAGCAGCUGCAGCUGGACUUCAGGCGGGAGUUUGAGAUGUUUGGCAAACUGAACCAUAGCAACGUGGUGCGACUGCUGGGCCUAUGUCGGGAAGCAGAGCCUCACUACAUGGUGCUGGAAUAUGUGGAUCUGGGAGACCUGAAGCAGUUCCUGAGGAUUUCCAGGACUAAAGAUGAGAAGCUCAAGCCCCAGCCCAUCAGCACCAAGCAGAAGGUAUCCUUCUGCUGUCAAGUCGCUUUGGGGAUGGAGCAUCUCUCCAACAGCAGAUUUGUACACAAAGACCUGGCCGCUCGGAACUGUCUUGUCAGUGCACAAAGGCAGGUCAAGGUGUCCAGCCUGAGCCUCAGCAAGGAUGUUUACAACAGUGAAUACUAUCACUACCACCAAGCCUGGAUCCCUCUCCGCUGGAUGCCACCGGAAGCUGUCUUGGAGGAUGAAUUCUCCACCAAAUCCGAUGUUUGGUCCUUCGGGGUCGUCAUGUGGGAAAUAUUCACCCUUGGGGAAAUGCCCUAUUCCAAGCUGGUGGAUGAGGAGGUGCUAACAGGUUUACAGUCUGGGAAGAUGAAGCUUCCCCACCCAGAAGGCUGCCCCUCCAAGCUCUCCAAGGUGAUGCAGCGCUGCUGGGCUCCCAGCCCAAAGGACCGCCCAUCUUUCAGCGAGAUUGCCAAUAUGCUUGGGGAGAGCCCAUCUGAAAGCAAGGCCUGAGCGCAGAAACGCUGGCCCCUGUGGCUGGGGUUCGGAUGGGGCCAAAGCCUAGUUUUGGCAGGUGACUGUUACAGACUCUCGAGUGGGACCCCGGGGUCCAAACCCAAAGGGACCAUGGAUUUUUACACUAAUGGACAAAGGUCAUGGACAUUGUCCCUCUGCCUGAGGCCUCUUUAUCAGGCCCCAGCCCCUGCGCCUGACUAGGCUGCAUUCCUCUAGGUUCUACCUCCAAUAUCCACAGGGCUACUUCAUACCCACGAGUUACAGGGGAUGCUGGGAGCCACCACAGGCCAGUCGCUCACAAUGAAAAGCCUGUGGCAGGUUUGGGGGCUCCUCUGUCUUGGCACAUCUAGCAGUUUCCUUCUUGAAUCCUUUCUUCUUUUUUAAAGCACAGGUCGGUUCCUUCCAGGACAGAAUCUUGACUUGGUGGGAGGGGGCAUCGGGGGGUUCUGUCUCCUGAGGAGGAGAUGCUGAGAUGGCCGGAACAAGGCAGCAAGACCCCCUUGUGUUGUCCUAGGGGAGCUGUCUGCUUGACCAUGUCCAGCAUCACGUUGGAUGGUCUAGCUCAGUUAUUGCAUUGGCUUAGGGGAUGGGGCCAUAGCUCAGUGGCGAAGCCUCUGCUUUGCAUGCAGAAAGGCCCAAGUUCAGUCCCUGGCAUCUGAAGGUAAGGCUGGAAAAGAAUCCUGGCAGAGCUGCUGCCAGUCAGUGUAGGCAGUAAAGAGUAGAGGGACCAAGGGUCUGACUCAGUAUCAGGCAGCUUCCUGUGUCAAUCCCUCACCGCCUGAUUGAUUCUGAACUCUCCCACCUCAGUGAUCAGACCAGGAGGCUUUGAGCAGCUGCCAAGGCCAGGCUGGUAGCCCCAUUUGGAAGGGGGUGAAUGGUGCUCUCCAUGAACAUACGCCUGCCAUUUUCUUCUUGGGAAGCAGUCUCCGGCCCUCGCACAGGAUCUAGUGUCCACCCACACUGGAAAGGAGGACUCUUCCUUAACAUGCCCCCAGACACACACACACUGUCCUCCUCUUAAGUCAGUGAGGAAGCUGUAUAUUUAUUAAGCAGUUCUCUCUCUCUCUCUCUCUCUCUCUCCUGGAACUGUCCGUCUGUCAGGCUUUCUGGCACCUCCCAACAUAUCCAAAAGGAGCAAAGAACACUUAAGUGCCUGGCAUAUGAAGGAGAUUUUCACUUGCUUUCCUGACUAUCCAAUGCCGCCUUUUUAUAUGAUUAUUUGAGGCAAUAUUUGUUUUCCUUUUUUUUUUAAUGUUGACACCUCUCAGCCUUAGUAUUUUUUUUAGUAUUAUUAUUACUGGAAUUGCAGCCUAGAGACAUUUUAGUUUCAGUUUGCUUGCGUGGAGGGUAGAACAGCCAAGAGGGUGGUUUUUUUUUUAUAUGCUGCUCUUAAUAAAGAGUCCCUCUCUUAAAAAAAACC